GCCUAGGAAUAAGGCGCUGUGGGACGGCCCAAACCCGGAUCAGACUUCGAUUGCCCAAAUCAAUUCGGGCCCAUGGGUUGGCGUUGGCACGACGAAGACGACAGCGGCGCCGGCGGCCGGGGCCUCGGCGCCGUCCCCGACCUCUCCGGCGGCCGCGGUGGCGAGGGGGCGCAGUGCGCCACGCGCCGGGUGGUGCAGUCGCGCUGCCACACGGAGGAGGUGGAGCCCGGCCGAUUCGUCCGCAAGUGCGAGAAGACGGAGCAGCUCCUCCGCGACUGCGUCGGCAGGCCCUCUGAGCUGGUGGAAUCCAAAACUGAAAACACUGAAGAGGACAUCACGGAUGAAAUCAAAAGUGGUUCGUUUUCGCUUGGCUUUCCAACAAAAGAGCCCUUUGCAUUCCCAGGACUUCACAGUGACAUAGAAGCCCUCGAGAAAGACUUCUUUGGGAGCCUUGGUAGCGUCCUGGAUGAAGCUGAGCGGAUGACCAACGAUUUCUUCAAAUCUUUUGGUUUUCCUUCCACCCAUGACAGGGAGUCGAGACCGUUUCCUAGACAACCCUCAGAGAGGCAUAUUGAGGAAGGUACUGCAAAGGAGGAGGAGAGUGACUACUCAGAAUUCAGCGGGCAGAUUUCGGAUGUCUAAGAAGCUGCAGUUAGUUGGCAUGUGUUCUCAGGGGUGACUCCUGGGAAGUGGGAGCUAUGCUUUACUGGAUUUUGGGGUUCCUUAUAUGGUUUCUCUUUGGAACAGUGGCAUAUUUGCCUCUCGCAGGUGUAAUUCAGCCUUUUCUCUUUGGAACGAUUCUUCAAUGUCGUAGUGGAGAUAAAGAAGCAACUUACUGUUCUGUCAGAACAAUUAUCUGAAGGAAGGAAAUGUUCGGUUUGCAGGGGCAUUUCGUAUAGUAGUAGUACUGUUUACAGACCUGCCAAUUAAACAUGUUCUCAUUAUGGCUCUAAGAAUGAGUAAUGUAUGCUUUGUUUUCCGCUGA